AUGGGUUAUAUUUGCCGAACAUGUGCAAGGGAACAAAGUAAUGGCAACGCUUUAAAACUCUUUGAUCGUCGACACAGAGAACUUUUGACUCAAAUAGAGGAUAUAACGGGAAUUUGGUUGAAAAACAGUGGCUUACCAAAGGUAAUGUGUUCAACAUGUCAUCAAUCAUUACGACAAGCCCAUCAAUUUCGGGAAAAUAUCAUAAAGGUGCAAUCCUUACUUGCUGACAAAUAUAAGGACCUAAAAGAACCAAACCAAUUCGAUGAAACGACAGAGUUCUUUCAAGUUUGUAUCAAAGAAGAGGAAUAUUUUGUAAAAUCCGAAACAGAAAUCGCAGGUGAAAAUGAAAUAAAUAUUGAAAGUCAAGACGAACUUGAGUAUAAGAAAGCAGGUGACUUCUGUAAUUUGAACCAACGAGACGCUUUGGAAUUAAAACCAAAUGAAAAAGAAAAUUUAGAUGGAAAAGAAAUUGGCAGUCUAGAUGACCUGUGGUCAGAGAGUGAAAUCACUGCAGAUUUCAAAACAUCCAACAUACAGUAUGAAGAUGAAAAGCAUCUCUCUGACACUUUACAACACAAUGAGAAGGAUAGUAAUAUCGCGGAGUCUCCAGAACCCAUUUCUCCGAAACAGAAUAAAAAGUACCGAAAACGAAAUAGAACUGUAAGUGCUAAAUCUUCGCAAGAGAAAGAAAAGGAGGACGAUCCCAAAGUAAAUACACGACGUAAAAGAGAAAAAUCUGACACUAAUAAUCGUUUUAUUUGUGACCAAUGUGGGAACCAUUUCACCUGUAGCUACUAUUUUAAGCUACAUUUGCGAAGGCAUGCUGGUGACAGACAAUGCGCCUGCGAGUAA